AUGUUCACUAGUGCUCUCUGCAUUGUCCUCGCGGUGUGCAUCAGUGUGGUUCCGCACGGCGCUGUGGGUUCGGACGUAGACAGUUCAGCACUAGGCGAUUUUCCAAUUGACAAGCUCUAUCCUCCAUAUGAAGACGUACAAGCAACACCGGCCAAACAAAUCCCCCGAAAGACAAACAGCAGUAGCAUCAAUCAGCCCAAAAGAAACGCAACGGCGCCCACACAAAUCCCUCUAAAUAAAAACAGCAGCAGCAGCAGCGACAGCAGCACUAAGCAGCCCAAAAGGAGAGAGACAUUAACGCCGCACAGUGAAACCGGUUACUUGUAUGACGCUAUCAAAAUGCUUACACAUGGGGCCCGCUCCUUUGUGCAAAUGUUGGAGGAAAUCAACAACAAAAAUUACAAGUCUGUGGCUGAAAUCCUCAGCCGACAUUCGACUUCUCAAUUUAACUCUGCCGAUUACGACGCCAUGCUACAAACUUGGGUGCAGGUAGCCAAAGGAUCCGAAGAACUGACGGAAGUAUUCCUACAAAGAAUGGCAUCACUGACAAUGCCGAAUAUGUCUGCUGAACACACGAGCACAUUAUUAUCGAGUUUGCGAAUGUACAUCGAAUCCUACAUAACAGGCGUAUUAGCCCGACAAGAAACUCUGUUGCUUACAGCAUUCGACUUCGUGAACCAAACAACAUUAACAAUGGAAGAACACUCUUUACUUGAGAACCUCCUUGGAAUCAAUCAAGAAAUUCACACACACUCGUUCAAAACAAUGAACACAUAUGUGAUAUUGAUCGAUCGUUUGGCGGAUAUUUCUCAAAAAACCGGUUACUUGUAUGACGCUAUCAAAAUGCUUACACAUGGGGCCCGCUCCUUUGUGCAAAUGUUGGAGGAAAUCAACAACAAAAAUUACAAGUCUGUGGCUGAAAUCCUCAGCCGACAUUCGACUUCUCAAUUUAACUCUGCCGAUUACGACGCCAUGCUACAAACUUGGGUGCAGGUAGCCAAAGGAUCCGAAGAACUGACGGAAGUAUUCCUACAAAGAAUGGCAUCAUUGACAAUGCCGAAUAUGUCUGCUGAACACACGAGCACAUUAUUGUCGAGUUUGCGAAUGUACAUCGAAUCCUACAUAACAGGCGUAUUAGCCCGACAGGAAACUCUGUUGCUUACAGCAUUCGACUUCGUGAACCAAACAAAGUUAACAAUGGAAGAACAUUCCUUACUUGAGAACCUCCUUGGAAUCAAUCAAGAAAUUCACACACACUCGUUCAAAACAAUGAACACAUAUGUGAUAUUGAUUGAUCGUUUGGCGGAUGUUUCUCAAAAUUCGCGCUAACGAUUUUUUCAACAAUGUCAAAGGAGUGCACAGAAAAUUGUGUCCGAUGGAUAUUUGAGAUCAGUUGAUUAAUUCCUCUAAUAAAGACUGCAAUUUUGUCAACAAAA